CUGGAUGUGGAGGCUAGAGAACGUGGACCAACUAUAUCACAUGAUAUGGCGGAGAUUAUAUGCUCUGCUCCCUCUCUACAGCGUGUAAGACUAUUCAAUGGAUCCUUCCACAGUAACUUCUAUGUACUUCUUGCUAAAAAAGGAAACAAGUCCAAGGUCCAAACUCUCAUGCUAUUGAGUCUUCAGUGUCCAACAUCCGCCUCUUCAAUUAACCUAGCAGAAGCUUUGUGUUCCAUGCCAAAGCUGACUGACCUGACACUAUAUGGAAAGGGUUUCCAGGAGGAGUUCUUUGCUACACUGAAUGCAAAGGCCUUACAGGUCCAAACUCUUAGGCUAUGGAAUGUUCAGUGUCCAACAUCCGCCUCUUCAAUUAACCUAGUUGAAGCUUUGUGUUCCAUGCCUAACCUGACUGACCUGGAACUACAAGGAAAGGAUUUCCAGGAGGAGUUCUUUGCUACACUGAAUGCAAAGGCCUUACAGGGUUCUUUUCCUCAAAUCAGCAAGGGAAAUUUCAGGUUUAAUAGUGUUCCCAAAGCGGAUAUCGAUUCAUUCCUGCAGGCGCUCAAUGACUAUCGAUCGUGGUCAUCAUAAUAUCUUCAAGAUGCUAGUGACUUCUCAGACGAGGAGGAUGAGCCAUCACCCAUGGUCAGUGUACAACCAUCCAGAUCACACAGCAGGAUUAGGUGCUGCUCGAUCAUAUAGAACUAUCUCCAAGACAGUUGUACGACACUUGCUCCUGCAACAAUUGUUCUGCUUGGGUUUCCUCCACUAUCUUCUGACUUCAGCCUCAGACCUUACACUGUACUUUAUAGGUAAUGUGAAAUGAUAUAACACUAGUAUUGAAACACCACAUUCAAUGUAUUUCAGAGAUAUGCUGAUCAUACAUUUAAUGAGUAUUUAUUUUGGAGGCGGCGCGUAUGCCUCUGCUUAUCACCACAUAGCAACGUUAUAUUCAUACACAUUAGAUAUAUCGUAUUAUGAACAUAAUCAUAACCCUAAACAUUAUUGUCUUAACUGAAAAUGAAGUGAAACCCUAACCCUAUAUAUUUCAUGAAGUAAAGCCUGGAUCAUGGGUUCCAAUGUUGAUCCUCCAUCACAACUUUUGUGACAAGCAUUUUUUCCAAUCCACAGGGUUCCUUGAUAAUAAUAGCAAACAUUCAUGUAAAAACACACAACGAUUCUACAAUCAUGCAGAGUUUCAUAGUGACAUCACUUGGUCAAACUAUAAUCCAAGAAAAGCUUAUACCUAAGCAAAAAUAAAUUAUAUACUGCUAUCGAAUUGUUAAAUUGUGUUAUAUGACUGACGAUGACUUGAAACAUAACUCGAUAAAUAACAGUUGAUGAAAUAAAAACCAAAAGCAAAGUUCUUCAUUGAUUUCUUUUCUAUUAGAUUUUUUUUUUAGCAACCUAACAUCUAUAAUCAUGCAGAAUUUCCUAUUGACAUCACUUAGUUAAACUAAAAUACAAGGGAAAGGUUAUACCUGAGCAAAAAUCAAUCAUUCAAUUAGUUUAUCUGUUAAGAGUUGUUCUAGCAAUACAUUUUUCAAUUUCAUUUUAUUUCUGACAUAUUGUCAAACAACGGUAAACCUUUUUUUAUCCCACUUGGCUGAAAAGCAAUUCUUUUCUUACCACUGUGACGAGCAUCUGGUCAACUAUUAGUGUUACUUAGUAUUCCACGAUGUAACGCCCGAUCCUUAGCAAUCAGAUAAAACUAGCUGUGAAGGAUGACUUAAUGAACACAAAGGCAGAUUUAGACAUUUGAAAUCUGGGCCCUGUUUCAUGGAUCUUGUUAUCAAUAACAAGUUGCAAUAACUAUUAUAAGCUACAGAAAUCGUUUCAUUUGAUUGGCUGAGAGCAAAGUGUUCAUAGAAAUGUGACACUUAUUAUUGAUAACAAGUUUUAUGAAACAGGGCCCAGGGUUAAUAUGAGCUAGUUUGUCUGGAAGUGGGAUGCCAAUACAUAGGCACUUUUGCUUUAAAAGUUGCAAUGUCAAACACAACUCAGGAAGUAAACGCAAUUACGAAAUAUGCGCUCCUGAUUGGUUGAAGAUGCAAUUUUAAUUUCAACUUUUUAUAGAAGAGUCCCCAGAAUGCAAUAUUGACUAUGAGGUUGUUUUGUAUUGUGAUUGUUAGUUUAUUAAGUAUCUACAUUACCAUGUUGAACUUAAUUGUAUGCAUUCUGUUCAGGUUCACACGAGUUGAGUAUACACAGUUGGGCUACGAAAGUUUACAUGCACCUUGAAUAAACUCAUUUUACUCGAAUUUUCUCAACUGCACUCAUUCCCAUUAGGAGCCACUCGUCUUAGAGUGAUUAGUAAUGUAUAUACUAUAUUAAACAGAGACCAUAUAUUUGUCUAUCUUCCUGAAAUGAAAAGUUGGCAGUAAUCAGUGACCUAACUGUACAUUAUGUGUAUAUUUACAAUUUAGAGAUUAUUCCAGUACUUGAUAGUGUUUUUGUUUUUUCUUUGUCUUCUUCCAUUUUAACUAUCAGUAGAUGUGUGCAAAGUUGUAUGUGCCUUAUGCUUUGUUUAUACUAUAAACAGAGACAAUAUUUUUCUAUCUUCCUGAAGUGAAAAGUUGGCAGGAAUGAGUGAAAUUGUGAUAAUGUAUAUCAGGCUCAACUGUACAUGUAUGUAUAUCUUCAAUUCAGGGAUUAUUCCAGUACUUGAUAAUAUUGUGGUUUUUUAAUCAUCUUCUUCCAUUUUAACUAUCAGUAGAUGUGUAUCAAGUUUAAUGUGCCUUAUGCUUUGUAUAUACUAUAAAUAGAGACAAUAUUUUUCUAUAUUUCUGAAGUGAAAAGUUGACAGGAAUGAGUGAAGUUGUGAUAAUUAUGAGCUAUGUGCUAUUAUCUCUGAAUUCGGGUUUGCUCGUACUGUGGGUUGGGAUUCCUUCUCUGCCCCUGUCUCAUUCCUUCCCACCUCUUCCUCUCUCUCUCUCUCUCUUUUUUUCUCUCUCAAAUAUCUUCCUCUUCCUCUCUCUCUCUCUAUCUUUGUCUCUCGUUAUUUCUCAAUGUCUCUGUCUCUCUCUCUGUCCCUUUCUCUCUCUCUCUCUCUCUCUCUCUCUUUGUCCCUCUCACUCUCUCUCUUUCUAUGUCUCUCCGACUUAGGAUGAGUUUCUGGGGUGGGGGUGCAGGGAUCGGGGUAUUGUGUACGGUACUAACGUUAUGUUGACAAUCUUUGGGUCUCUUUACUUGGUAUAUUUGUGCAUUGUGUCGAUGUCAUGUUAUGUUUUUCCAAUUUCUCACCGAUUUUUAAUGUAAUUAUAUCCUAUUUCAAUGUCAUGCUUUUGAUGUCUUUUUAUGCAUGAUUUUAAUGUAAACGCAAUAUGUAAAAUCCCACAAUGAAUUUCCAUGUCAUUAUUGGAAGAAAUAAAGUUGAAUUGAAUUGAAUAAAUUAAUGUAUAUCAGGCCCAGCUCUACAUGUAUGUACAUCUACAAUUCAAGGAUUAUUCCAGUACUAAAUAGUGUUGUUAUUUUGUUUCUUCUUCCAUUUAAACACCAGGAUUCUGAGUAGAUAUGUACCAAAUUUGUGUGCCUUAUGUUGAAGGCCUGCAUGUAUGAACAAAGUGGUCAUGUGAUUUGAUAUUAUUCUGAUGCCAAGAGCUUCUUGUAUAUAGAAGGGAAAUAUGCAUUGAAUUCCUGAACUCUGUGACAUGUUGAAAACGUCAAAAUCACAAUUUUUAAUACAAACUGGCAUACCAGUCUGUGAUUACUGUACUUUCUAUCAGUGUAUAAAUCAAUAUUCUUUGAAGGUACAUGAUUUUUGUGAGGAAAAUGUAGCAAUAAAAGAACAUUUCCAAUUUCAAGUAGAAAUUCUGAUCACUUUAGUCUGAAUCAGAGGAUCUUAUAUUAUUUAAUGUUUUUUAUGAUAUGCAAUGAACACCAAAUGAACUGAAAUUGAAUUUUUCAUAACAGUUGAAAUAU